AUGGCGGACUCUUUACAAGAUCCACUUAUUCAUGACAAGCAGAAUGGGGAUGAAGAAAUUUCAUGUAAUUUGCAGGAGGGCGAUGAAAGUGGGUCAGUGGUGUGCUCGAGAUACUUGGGAAGGAGGAUUGCAAAUGAAUCAAAGAAAAUAUGGGCAAUUGCAGGGCCUGCCAUAUUUAGUCGCAUGGCUCUGUAUGGGACAAGCAUUGUGAGUCAGGCUUUUGUAGGACACCUGGGAGAAUUGGAAUUGGCUGCCUUUGCCAUAGCUACUACUGUCAUUGUGGGAUUCAACUUUGGACUCUUUUUAGGCAUGGCAAGCGCCCUGGAGACCAUAUGUGGCCAGGCUUUUGGGGUUCGGCAAUAUCAUUUGCUAGGAUUGUAUAUGCAGCGAGCGUGGAUUGUCCUCUUUGGUGUUGCAAUUCUUCUCUUACCAAUGUAUAUAUUUGCAACCCCCAUCUUGAAGAUCCUUGGACAGUCAGAUGAAAUUGCUGAAUUAACAGGAAAACUUUCAAUCUGGCUCAUUCCUCUACACUUUGCAUAUGUAUUCUACUUUCCAGCCCAGAGAUUUUUUCAGACCCAGUUGAAGAACAUGGUCAUUGCGUGGAUCUCUGCAGCCUCUUUUGUGCUCCACGUUUUUCUGAGUUGGCUUUUUAUUUUUAAACUUGAGAUGGGGUUGAUUGGUUCUGCAAUUACAUUGAAUUUGGCAUGGUGGAUGCCCACAUUCGGCCUAAUUCUUUAUGCCACCUGUGGGGUUUGCCCACGGACAUGGACAGGUCUGUCUAGAGACGCUUUCUCAGACUUGUGGGCUUUUUUCAAGCUUUCUGCUGCAUCCGGUGUCAUGCUAUGUUUAGAAAGUUGGUAUUACAGAAUACUGGUCCUCCUAACAGGAAAUUUGCCAGAUUCAAAAGUUGCCAUUGAUUCUCUUUCUAUCUGCAUGAGCAUCAAUGGAUUUGAGAUGAUGAUACCACUUGGUUUUUUUGCUGCUACCGGUGUGAGGGUAGCCAAUGAGCUGGGGGCUGGAAAUGGCAAAGGAGCCAAAUUUGCAGUUAUUGUCUCUGCAAUUACUUCAACCAUGAUAGGCCUUGUUUUUUGUUUGCUCAUAAUUCUGCUUCGCGGGGAAUUUCCUCUGAUUUUCACAAGUAGUACCAUAAUUAUAGAUGCAGUUUCUAAACUGUCACUUUUGUUGGGCUUUACUGUGCUCCUUAACAGCAUUCAGCCAGUGCUUUCAGGGGUAGCGGUUGGAUCAGGCUGGCAAUCCUACGUUGCUUACAUCAAUAUUGGAUGUUACUAUGUGAUCGGUGUCCCAUUUGGUGUUAUGCUUUGUUGGAUGUUUAAACUGGGGGUUUUGGGAAUAUGGACAGGAAUGAUAUGUGGGACAGCAGUUCAGACCAUUGUUCUGGCUUUUAUUGUGUAUCGGUGUGACUGGGACAAAGCGGUAAAUGCUAAAUCUCAAUUUCAUUGCCUUGCUGCUGAAGCCAUGGAUAGAGUCAAUAAAUGGUCUCCAGAGGAUUCGUCCUAA